UGCUCUCUCUUACGUCCCGUCCGUGAGCAGUGAGCUGGCCGCGGCGGAGAUUUCUCCUUGUGCUCGGAUCAUAUCUUUUCUGUAACUUCGCUCUUUUGCGUCUUCGGACAGAUAUCGGAGUAGUUGAUACCGGCUCGGUGGAGCUCCGUCGCCUGUAAAUCCGUGCGUCCUCGCGCUGCGCCUCCGUGGCCAUGGAUUGAUUGGAGUGUGUUUUUUUUUUCCUCCGACCUUCUGCUUCGACCAAGUUGAGAAAACACUCCGUCUAUAACCUGCGGCUCUUUCUUUCCAGCUACAUGUUUCAGCCGGCCACUUUGAAAAGUAUCUGGUUCCGGAUGAUUUUAGGACUUUGAACGUUUUUUUUUUUCCGCUUGUGCAUUUACAGGAGGUGGCUUUGGAUUUAAAGGAUUUAAUUUUUUCGAGCUUCUCCGGGGUUCCUGAAGCCUGCAAAGAUUUAUUUGUGAAAAGUGAUGGCCGAGCGAGGAGCUCUGUCGCUCCUCUCUCUUCUGUGUCUCACCUUUCUCUACUUGGAGACCGCCGUCGCAAAACAUGGAGACAAAGGUUCAGCAGCUCAGCCCUUCAGCCCCUUCUGGUUCACGGUGGAACCCCAGGACACGCUGGCCAUCCGGGGCAACUCAGCGCUGCUCAACUGCUCUGCACACAGCGACACGGCCACACCUGCACGAAUUGAGUGGAAGAAGGACGGCACCUUCAUGAGCCUAGUUUCAGACGAGAGGCGACACAUACUUCCCGAUGGUUCGCUGUUUCUCACCCAUGUGGUACAUUCCAAACACAACAAGCCCGAUGAAGGCACCUACCAGUGUGUGGCGACUAUUGAAAAUCUAGGAUCCAUUUCCAGUCGUACGGCACGUCUCUCCGUUGCAGGGAUGCCGAGGUUUAGCAGUCAGCCGGCAGCCGCCACGGCCCAUCUAGGGGACAGUCAGGUGAUGUCCUGUGAAGUGAACUCAGACCUAGUGCCCUUCACCCGGUGGGAGAAAGACCGUCAGCCACUGGAACUCAACACCAGACUGGUCCAGCUGCCCAACGGUGCCCUAGUGGUCAGCAAUGCCUCGGAGGCUGACGCUGGCCUGUUUCGCUGCCUGGUGGAGAACGUGGGGGCAUCGAAGUCCAGCGACGAGGCCCAGCUCCAGAUAGUACCAGAAACUGGAGAAGAGAGGAAGCUGGAGUUCCUGUUGCAGCCUGUGUCCGUGACUAAGGCGGUGGGUGCCACAGUGCUGCUGCCCUGUGUGGUCACCGGUUACCCUGCACCACAUGUCCGCUGGAUGAUGGGAGACAAGCUCCUAGAAGAGAGUGAGGGUCGUGUGGAGAUUCUGGGAGGGGGAAUUCUCCAGAUUUCCAAUCUCACAGAGGAGGAUGCUGGGAUCUACACCUGCACGGCAGACAGUGGCAACGCUUCCAUUGAAGCCCAGGCUCAGGUCACAGUACAAGUUCCUCCUCAGUUUGUGAAGCGUCCAGCCAACAUUUACGCCCACGAGUCCAUGGACAUCAUCUUUGAGUGUGAGGUCACCGGGAUACCAGCGCCCACUGUGAAAUGGGUCAAGAACGGAGAUGCUGUCAUCCCAAGUGACUACUUUAAAAUAAUUAAGGAGCACAACCUGCAGGUCCUGGGUCUGGUCAAGUCGGAUGAGGGUUUCUACCAGUGUUUGGCUGAAAACGAUGCAGGAAACAUCCAGUCUAGUGCUCAGCUCAUCAUCCUGGAUCACGACGUAGCCCUGCCCUCUCUCCCCUCCCCCUCACUGACUCCUAACACUACUGACCAUGUAACGCCAGGCUCUGGAGGUGUAGCCAACCCAGCAGGACCCACCCCGUCCUACCCGAGAGAUGUUGUGGCUUCCCUGGUUUCCACCCGCUUCAUCAAGCUUACCUGGCGCCCACCGGCUGAACCACACGGAGAUGAGUUAACAUACUCAGUUUUCUACAGCCAGGAGGGCACUAGCAGGGAGCGAGUAGUGAAUACCAGCCGUCCAGGGGAGAUGCAGGUCACCAUCCAGAACCUCAUGCCAGACACCAAAUAUCGCUUCAGGGUUGUGGCCCACAACAGCAACGGUCAGGGCGAGAGUUCUGCAGCGCUCAAAGUGGCCACCCAGGCCGAAGUCCAAGUGCCAGGUCCAGCCCCCAACCUGCAGGCUGUGUCCAACACCCCGACCUCGGUCGCUCUGAGCUGGGACAAGCCCCUCACCGGCAACGGAGAGAUCUUGACCUAUAAACUGUACUACACAGACAAAAGCAUGGGCAACGAACAGGACAUUGACAUAGACGGUCAGUCCUACACCAUGACUGGGCUGAAGAAGAACACAGUCUACAGUUUCCGAGUAGUGGCCAAUAACAAGCACGGCUCAGGCGUCUCUACAGAGGACGUCGUAGUCCGCACUUUGUCUGAUGUGCCAAGUGCUCCCCCUCAAAACCUCACUCUGGAGGUCCAGAACUCAAAGAGCAUCAUGGUGCGAUGGCAGCCCCCACCCCUUAACGCCCAGAAUGGAGAGAUCAUUAACUACAAGAUCCGGUAUCGAAAAGGAUCCCGGAGGAGUGAAGCAGCUGAGAUGACUGCAGGCACACAGCUCAGUAAACUGAUUGACGGUCUGGAGCGUGGAACAGAGUACUCGUUCCGGGUGUCGGCCAUCACAGUGAAUGGAACAGGACCGGCCACCGAGUGGACCACAGCCGAGACGUUUGAGAGCGACCUGGAUGAAUCCCGUGUGCCAGACAUGCCCAGUUCCCUCCAUGUGCGGCCGCUGGUGAACAGCAUCGUCGUUAGCUGGACUCCACCUGAGAACCAGGACAUCGUGGUGCGUGGAUACACCAUCGGCUAUGGCAUCGGCAGUCCUCACGCUCAGACCAUCAAAGUGGACUACAAGCAGCGGUACUACACCAUCGAGAACCUUGACCCCAGCUCUCACUACGUGAUCACACUGAAGGCCUUCAAUAACGUAGGAGAGGGGAUUCCUGUGUACGAGAGCGCCAUCACCAGACCACAGUCAGACCCCAUAGACCCUGAUGUUGACCUGUACGAACUCUUCCAUGCUCCAUACACCCCAGUACCAGAUCCCUCCCCCAUGAUGCCACCUGUGGGCGUUCAGGCUUCUGUGCUGAGUCACGACACCAUCAAGGUGACCUGGGCAGACAAUUCGCUGCCCAAGAACCAGAAGAUCACAGACAACCGUUACUACACGGUGCGCUGGAAGACCAACAUCCCCGCCAACACCAAAGUGAAGAUGGCCAACACCACCAGCCUGAGCCACAUGGUGACCGGACUGAAGCCCAACACGCUGUAUGAGUUCUCUGUCAUGGUGACCAAAGGCCGCCGCACCAGCACAUGGAGCAUGACCGCACAGGGCACCACCUUUGAAACCAUUCCCAGCUCCUCUCCUAAAGAUGUGACUGUGGUGAGCAAAGAGAACAAACCUCGUACCAUCAUCGUCAACUGGCAGCCUCCGUCUGAGGCCAACGGCAAGAUCACAGGUUAUAUAAUUUACUACAGCACUGAUGUGAAUGCAGAGGUUCACGAUUGGGUCAUUGAACCAGUGGUGGGAAACCGUCUGACCCACCAGAUCCAGGAGCUGACGCUGGACACCACCUACUACUUCAAGAUCCAGGCUCGAAACUCCAAGGGCAUGGGCCCCAUGUCUGAGGCUGUACAUUUCCGCACUCCAAAAUCUGAGUCCUCUGACAAAAUGGCUAAUGACCAAGCCUUAAAUCCUCCAGUGAAGACGGGUCCUGUAAACAACCCAAACACACCAGGCAGCACAAUGGGGGUUCCAAGUAACGAGAAUCACCUCUUGGUCAUUGUCAUCAUCUCAGUUGGAGCCUUCACCAUCAUCGUGGUCGUAGUCGGAGCCUUUCUGUGCACGAGGCGAACGUCAUCCCAUCAGAAGAAAAAGCGGGCGGCCUCGAAAUCUUCCAACGGCUCCCACAAAUACAAAGGAAACUCCAAAGACCUGAAGCCCCCCGACCUGUGGAUCCACCACGAGAGGCUGGAGCUCAAACCUAUGGACAAGUCUCCAGAACCGAACCCUGUCAUGACCGAAACGCCCAUCCCCCGCACAUCCCAGGACAUCACACCGGCUGACAGUGCCCUUGACAGCAACCCACACCUGCAGCAGAGACGCAACUCCUACCGCGGCCACGAAUCAGAGGACAGCAUGUCUACACUAGCAGGCCGACGAGGGAUGAGGCCUAAAAUGAUGAUGCCUUUUGAUGCGCAGCCGCCUCAGCCUGUGAUUAGUGCUCAUCCCAUCCAUUCCCUCGAUAACCAUCACCAUCAUUAUCACAUGGGCAGCCUGGCAUCUCCGACACGCAGCUACCUCUACCACCAGGGCAGUGGGCACUCACACCCACAUGCCUGUGCCACCCCAAUCUCCCAUCUAGACAGGGUGGACUCUACAGAGUCUGUGAGGAAUACCCCCAGCUCCGAGCCCCUCCCUCCAGCCACCACCUCGUCCCAGGCCUCUUGCCCCUCUGAGAUCCUGGCGGACCCUGAGGGCAGUUACCACGGCUCCACCACCACGGAGGAGGAGCCCAGCUACAGCAGCAACCUACCCCCCCACCGCUCUGCGCACCCCCACGCCCACGCCCACCCACUCAAGAGCUUCGCUGUACCUGCCAUCCCCGCCACCAGCCAUCCGUCAUAUGAGUCACCUGCACUUCCCAGUACUCCUCUGCUCGCUCAGACUGGACCGCCGACCCACCCCCAUGUCGUUAAAACAGCCUCCAUUGGGACACUAGGACGGACACGAACACCAAUGAUUGUCAAUGUCCCCAACGCUCCUGACGUACCAGAAACCAGCAAAAUGCUGGAGGAUGUAGACAGCAGCUACGAGCCCGACGAGCUGACCGAGGAGAUGGCCCACCUCGAGGGCCUGAUGAAGGACCUGAACGCCAUCACCACAGCGCCAUGAGCAUGCACACACACACCUACCGACACACACUGUCUCUGUCAUCCACACAGGUAGAAAAACCACACAUUCAUACAGAACCAGAAAAGCUCCAAAAUAAAACAGCCCAAACUCAAACCUUGGGAGCCAGAAGUUUGUGGACACAAAAUUACUUCCUGUGCCCAAGAAACUCUCACAUCCCCCUUUCGCAGAGAAAAAACCCUCUGGACUGAUACCUUAGGAACUUUUUUCGGCUUACCUUGCUCAGUCUCAGGAAGGAGAUUGCCAUGAGAGGGAAGAACAAGUGAGAGGCUUUGUUUCAUCUUUUUAUGAAGAACCAUUCUCAGAGACAAAUGAACUUUUGAACAUCGGUCACGUUCAAACUGAAAGAUUGUGAAUUUUUUUCCUCAGCAAAAAUGUUUUUUUCUGUGGCGUGUGACAGAAGACCGCUCACUCAAUGAGUCUGUUCAGUGUCGAGUCAAAAGGAGAAAGUCCAAAAAAUGCUGGUUUUGAUGUUGGUGCUCAUGCAGCGCAGUCUACACACAGUGUUUGUUUGAUUCGUGUUUCUUUGUGCAUUUUGUAUAUCUAUUGGGCCGUUUCAGUGAAGUGAACAUUGGAUAUCAGCCCCCUUUUACAACCUUACAUUAUUCAUACAUCAUUUUCUGUUUUACCCCUUGUGUCAUAUAUUGUGCCAUGACUUUUUAUUAUUUUCUAUGUUAUUGUAUUAUUUUUUUACACACAUAACCUUAUAAACAUGUACAUAUGUUUUUUUUUAAGCUGCCUCAUUCUUUUACCCAUGGUUUCGUUGUUAUUUGGGAUGAAAGUGGGAUUACAAACGAGUGCUGAAUCUUACUCAUUUCAACAGGGGAGAAAAGCCUGAUGUUUCUACAGUAUGUUUUGACUGGAUUCUCUGGCGCUGUCAGCCUCUUUGUACAUUAAACUGUUCUUUUUUCAGUCUGUUGUUUUUUGUGGGAGCUCUGUUUUAAAAGCCUUACCAACAUGUUUGUGUGUUGGAUGGUCUUAGACAACUCAGCCCCUCUGACGGCUCCUGCUCAGAGUCACACCGUCACUUGCCACACCAGUUUCUCCACCAUUUCUGUGGGACUUUGGCAGUAAAUCCUCACAGGUCAGGGGUACCUAGGACUCAGGGCACUGACCCCCACCUCUCAGCAACAAAAACACAUAAAAGACUUAAAAAAAAAAAAAAAAAAAAAAAAAAAAAAACCCUGCACACGAUACCCAGUCAGUCACUUGACAGUUAUCUUUUAUACUUUGAUCGAAUGUGUGUGUUGUUUCCAAAAACCAAUAUUUGGUUUCAUGUGUCUGUGCUGCUGAACCACAGCGGAGUGUGUUUGCUGUUUUUCCUGCUUCAUCAACUGCGACAUCCUGGUUCUUCUAUGAAUCCUAUAAUGUUGGCCUUUUGAAUGGGACUCCCAGGUUUGUUUAGUUUUUUUUUUUUGUUUGUUUUUUUUUAAACAUGGUGGUUUUUUUGUAUGAAGAAAAAAAACUAUACACAGUUCUGAUGUUGAAAAAAGGAAAAAAAAUGUUCAUCUGAGAAACUAGUUUUUCAUUAUACCCUCUUACCCAAAGAAGUUUGUCAUUUGCAAUCACAGUAAUUUGCUCUACUUUUGUGAAAAUCAUGUUUCUCAUAAAUGUACAUCGUCAUGAAUGUCAGUAUAACUGUAAGAGAUUUAACUAUGGAUACAAACGAGGAACAACUUUUUUUGGGAAAAAAAUAAUUGAAACAAAAAGGGGGGAGAAAAAGGACCGGACUCCAUUUGAGAAAUAAUCUAUUGAGUUGUAAACAGUUGAACCUGUAUUGCACUUUUUCACAGUUUUUUGAAAAGUACAUUUCUUACAUAUCUUGUGUUUUAAAUAUCAAAAGCUGUUUGUGUAACGUAGUGUCCUAGGUAAGCGGCAGGCAGCUGGUCUUGUUUUUAUGUUUAUUUUAUGCUUCAGAGAUGAUAUGAUUAUGAGCUGCCAAGUGUUCGACUUUGCGGUUCAUGAUGAGGAAUUCUGUUGUUGCUUGUUCAUGUACAGAGCUUUCUUUGCUUUCUGUAGAAAAAAACAUCUGUGGCUUUUUAAAAAAUGUUGGAAAAAUGUUUUGGAAAAAAAAUAUGUUUUUUUUAUUGGUGCUCCUAUACAUUGUGUAUACAAACUAUUAUGAAUACUAACAAAGUAAA